UGCUGUGGAGGGCUCAAGAGCCUCAACUCGAACCUCGCCCAAGACAAAUGUCGACCCGGAAGACAAGCGACCGUUGAAGUCAGAACGAGAAGAAUGACUUUGUGGUUUUCAUCACCAAAAUGGGUUGUCUGUUAUUUUACCUCCCUUUCUUAAGCUUUUCCUUUCUUACACGUCAAGAAGAGGGGGAAAGGGAAGAAAAGUCAACAAGAAAUCAGGAAGAAAAGUCAAGAAAAGUAAAAAAAAAUCAAAAAAGUCAAAAAGUCACACUGAAAGCUAUAUAUAACAUUCCGCUGUUCCGGGGUAGGUUGCCGAGGCUCCUCGACAUAUAUAUCUUGAACCAUACCACACACCUGAAGAGAUCAACAGUCAGUCGGGCGUCCAGUCCAGCUUUUGAAGAAGCAAAGUCACAUUCCUUGUACGACGUCUCCUAUUUACCAGACUCUCAUUCAGUUUAGGGAAGGAAGACACUUAGUGACAUAAACAAUCAACAAGCGCCUUACAUAUCCCUUUCCAGUGUGAAAUCACACCAGGACUGUCAACCAACACCGUCCAGGUCUUAAAGUCGCUUUCACACUCAUUCUAUGCCUCACCGACUGAGAAAAAAG